CCGGGUCAUCAGGUACCGGAUCGUCUGGCUCGACAGCAGGCAUCGGGACACCAGGCAUGACAGCGGGCACUGGGUCAUCAGGCAUUGGAUUGUCUGGCUCGACAGCGGGCAUUGGGUCACCAGGCAUGACCGCGGGCACUGGGUCAGACAUUGGAUCGUCUGGCACGACAGCGGGCAUCGGGUCACCAGGCAUGACAGUGGGCACCGGGUUAUCAGGUACCGGAUCAUCUGGCUCGAUAGCGGGCACCGAGUCGUCUGGCUUGACAGCGGGCACCGAGUCGUCUGGCGCGACAGCGGGCACCAAGUCGUCUGGC